CCCUGUUAUAAUGGGGUUGCAUCAGGGAUCAACUCUUAGCCCGUUUCUAUUCGCCCUGGUGAUGGAUGAAUUGACGCGACAAAUACAAGGUGAGGUGCCUUGGUGUAUGUUGUUCGCGGAUGACAUAGUCCUGAUUGACGAGACUCGCAACGGAGUUAACGAUAAGCUGGAGGGUUGGAGACAGACGUUGGAGUCUAAAGGAUUUAAAUUGAGUAGGACCAAGACAGAAUACUUGGAGUGCAAGUUCAGUGACCUACCACGUGAGGCUAACGAGGAAGUGAGGCUUGGUACCCAGGCCAUUCAAAAGAAAGGAAGUUUCAAGUAUCUUGGGUCUAUUAUACAGGGAGAUGGGGAUAUCGACGACGAUGUUUCACAUCGUAUUGGUGCGGGGUGGAUGAAAUGGAGGCUCGCCUCUGGAGUGCUGUGUGAUAAGAAAGUGCCACCAAAACUUAAAGGAAAGUUCUACAAAGUGGUGGUUAGACCGACCUUAUUGUACUAUGUGACAUUCGUUUUACCUGUAAGCGCAUUAAACUUUGGGGUUCUAAUUGCACAUUAG